AACCAGUUCCUGAAAGACGGUCGCCCGUACCGCUACAUCGCCGGUGCGAUUCACUACUUUCGCAUACCGAAGAUCUACUGGAGCGACAGGCUAAAAAAGAUGAAGGCUUCAGGUCUGAAUGCCAUUCAGUUCUAUAUACCUUGGAAUUUGCACGAGCCCCGCCCAGGUGCAUUGAACCUGAAAGGAAAUGCCGACUUCCUAUCAUUCCUGCAGCUAGCCCAGCAGAUCGGUUUCGACGUGAUUCUCAGGCCAGGACCUUACAUUUGCGCUGAAUGGGAAAACGGUGGACUGCCGUGGUGGCUGUUGAAAGUACGAAACAUAAAAUUGCGUACUUCCCAUCCGACCUACAUGCUCUACGUGAAACAGUGGAUGUCGAAACUACUGCCGAUGAUUCGUGCGUACUUGUACAAAAACGGUGGUCCAAUCAUCAUGGUACAGAUCGAAAACGAGUACGGUAGUUUUCAGGCCUGCGACCGGACUUAUAUGCGUACAUUGAACAAUAUUUUCCGUACCUACCUCGGCGACGACACGGUCGUUCUAUUUACAGUCGAUGGCUCUUCCUCAAAUUUCUUAAAGUGCGGAACAACACCGGGAGCAUACCCGACGGUUGAUUUUGGCCCGACGGGACGAGAAGGGACAAAGUUCGCAUUCUACGUGCAGCGGAAGUACGCGCCGAAAGGACCUCUAGUGAACACCGAGUUUUAUCCCGGCUGGCUAGACGUCUGGGGCAAAGACCAUUCAGUCACGCCAUCGGGUCCCAUUCUCGACACGAUGAGCUAUAUGUGGUCAUUUAAUGCGUCGUUUACAUUUUAUAUGUUCACCGGAGGUACGAACUUUGGCGACAUGAAUUGCGCCUCAGCUGAAAACCGCCCUGUAACCACCAGUUAUGAUUAUGAUGCACCCAUCAGCGAGGCAGGCGAUCCUACAACAAAGCUGUUCGCAAUUCGAAGUCAGAUCGAAAAGCUGACCGGAAAACAGAUAACUAUCCCGGUUCCACCUGCCCAACCGAAAUUUGCCUAUGGUAAGAUCCCAGCAUAUUACUUUACCGACGUGCUGACAGUAGCUCGGGCUAUUUGUCCAAAUGCAAAGCAUUACAUCUCUCCUCCAACGUUUGAAGAUCUGGACUCUCCGUACGGAUAUAUCAUGUACAGCACAGUGGUACCGUUCUAUGGCACUCUGGAAGUAUUGGUAGAAAAUCUGGGAAGGACAUGCUUUGGUUAUUCGGAUUUGAAGGGUCUGCUUGGAGGCGUCCUGCUGGACGGGCAGAUGCUAAUCGACUGGAAAGCAUGCCCUAUAAACUUUGACGAUAUCUAUGAGCGAAUCAAGAACCACACGAUACGAAAGACGAAGUCAAAAAAUUAUAGGUCAUCGUCGAGGUCGUUUAUACCGGCCAUAUAUUACGCAAAAUUCCAAACGUAUCACCUAGCUGACACGUUUUUCUACCCAAAGGACUGGAAAAAAGGCCAUUUGUAUAUGAAUAAAUUCAACGUUGGUAGGUAUUGGCCAGAAGUAGGGCCGCAGGUAACGCUUUACGUGCCCCGUAACCUGCUGCGUAACGAAAACGAAAUACUGAUUCUCGAAACCGAAGGAACCGACGCUUGCGAAUACACCUUAAUCAGUUGCGUUGCUUCAUUAGAAGAUGGAUGA